UUACAAUGUAUUUGAUCCAAAAACUCCUGGUCAAGGCAGUAGCAGGAGUACUGUAUCCUGCCCCGAAGAUGGCUUCGCCAAUUGUUUGCGCACCCACUGCUGUUGCGAACGAGGCUCGCGGUUCAGACUGAUGACUUGCUCCCGGUAAAUCCGAUGCUAGCUGUUACUGGCUUGCCGCUGCUCAACGAACUGACGAGAGUUUCUUGGGCGUCUGUUACUUGGCGUCACGAGUUUCUCCUGUGGAGUUUGUUCCUCGAUCGUUACAGCAGCGACCGCGUCUACCAGCGAGAUAGAACCGUCCCAUAGACGAGAAACGACUGAUCACGUCGAAUUCCAUUCCAUGGAUGAGAAAACGCCCAAUCCCCUAGAAUUCUUCCAGUUUCCUGCCUCGAUCAGUCCGCCCUGCAGACCCUAGCAAUCAUCUUUGCAAUCGAUCGGGGACUCCAGUGACCUGUAGAUCGAGUGAAGAUGAAGGGGAACUAGUGUGCUUCAACCUGCAGAAAGUGGAGAGCAGAUUCUUGAUUGUGGGGUGGAGAGAUUUUCUUUAACAGAGGCGUGGAGAGAUCACUCGCCAGGUAAGUUUGUUUGCUCUUGAUGGCUGAGCAAUUUUCAUCAGGUACAUGGGUUCCAUAUGUAGCCUUUUCCUCUGUUCUUCUGCACCUAGGUUUGUGGAAAAUGUUGGUCAGAACUCAGAACUGGGAUCACUUUUCUUUUGAAACUAGCCGGUUGAUUUGCUUUGGGAUUUGAAACUCUGCAAGUAGUUGCACUGGCGUUUGGUUUUGGUCAGCAGCUGCCUGUUGCCAAUGCUCCUUCAAGAUAUCGUACAACUGCUGAAAGUCAGCUCGUGAUAUUCUUGAUCCAUCGUUACACCUGAAUUCACCGGUAUGCAGAAAUGCUCGGCCAAAGGAAGAAGACGAGGGACGGGCGUCCCCUGGAUACGGUGAAGCCGACGAGGCGUCCUCCCAACAAGUACGCCGCCGCCACCGCCAUGCUCUCAUCGGCCACGCCGCUCUUCUUGGGAUACGACCUCGCCGUUGUGUACUGCACGGCCGUGACGGCGCAGGGCGACCUGAGGCUCCUCGCGGGCGUCAUCGCGCUCUCCUUGAUCGUCGGCGCGAUCGCGGCCGCGGGAGCGCAGCGCCUCAUAGGCGACCGCCGCGCCGUCCUGCUCUCCGCCGCCGUGCUCUGCGCCGGCGCGCUGGCCCGGAGCCUCGCCGCCGGCUUCGCGGCCUUCACGGCUGGUGUCUUCGCCAACGGCGUCGGCAUGGGCCUGGCGCUCAUGGUCGUCCCGGCCUACGCCGCCGAGCUCAGCCUGACCUCCGCGCGCGGCGUGCUCGCGUCGCACCCCGACGGCUUCGUGUACCUCGGCUGCAUCCUCGGCUCGCUCUGCUACUCCAUGGGAUUCUCGAAGCUCUCGUCGAACGUCGCUUGGCGAGUGACCGUAGCCUCCGGCACGGCCAUCCCGGCGUUGCUCGGCGCCGCCGUCCUCCUCAUGCCCGAGUCGCCCCGGUGGCUCGUGGCCCUGGACCGGGAGAGCAAGGCCCGGCGCGUGUUGUCCAGAACAUCGGCAACACUGGAGGAGGCCGAGCUGCGCUUGCUCGAGAUAAAAUACGAGCUCGGCAAACACCUCGGCGACGACGACGACGACGGAUCUUUCGACGAGCCGCCCGUGGCAGUAUCCGCGACGCGCGGCCGGUGGAGGGAGGAGUUCGGCACAUUGCGGGAGCUGCUGGCGCGCCCGACGGAGCCGCUCCGCCGCGCGGUCCUCACCGCGCUCGUCGCCAAGGUCUUCCAGCAGGCGUCCGGAAUCGGGUCCAUCCUCCAGUACGUGCAGCGCCCGUUCCGCGACGCCGGCGUCUCGCCCGGCGCGCAGACGCCGAGGGCGCUGGCGGUGUUCGGGUUCGUGGUCGUGAUGUCCUUCCCCAUGUCGCUCGUGCUCGUGGAGCUCUGCUGGCUGCUGGUGAGGGCGCUCGCCAGUGGCUUGCGGCGGCGCGCGCCGUCGCACGCGGCGCACCGCACCUGCCCAGCCAGCCAUGCCGGCGUGACCCGGCGGCAGGAGCAGCAGAAGUGGGCGAGGGGGCUGUCGGCCACCAUGCUGCUCUCGCUGAUGGCGCUGGUGUGGAUCGCGCUCGGCCCGGCGCCGUGGGCGGACGCGUCGUCGCGCGGGUGCCCGCGGUGGCUACGGGCGGCGGCGGCGGCGGCGAACAAGGCCGUCACCUCGGCGAUCUUGUCGAGCUUCCGGAGGGUUUACCAGGUCGCCGCGGUGUACGGAAACCUGAUCAUGUGCCAUUCGGUCAUCGUGGUUUUCAUGUUGUUCGCAUGCGGUCGUCUUCUUGGCUCCAAGGUGAGGUGGGAGUCCUGCUGAAUCAGUUUUUCUAGGUUCACGGUUGGUUUUGGUUAGGUUAAUUAAUCCGAACUGCGUGAGUGAUACGUGUCUAAUCUGCACAAGCAUUUUUUUUUCAUUUCUUGGACCAAGUGACA